AUGGGGUGCCCCCCGCAGGGUGACUUUGGCCUGGCCACCAAGGUGGAGUACGAUGGCGAGCGCAAGAAGACCCUGUGUGGGACCCCCAACUACAUUGCCCCAGAGGUGCUGGGCAAGAAGGGGCACAGCUUCGAGGUGGACAUCUGGUCCAUCGGCUGCAUCAUGUACACUCUGCUGGUAGGGAAACCACCUUUUGAAACCUCUUGUCUAAAAGAGACGUACAUCCGAAUCAAGAAGAACGAGUACACCAUUCCCAAGCACAUCAACCCUGUAGCUGCUAACCUGAUCCAGAAGAUGCUGAGGUCUGACCCAGCCACGCGCCCAACCAUCGACGAGUUGCUGAACGACGAGUUCUUCACGUCGGGGUACAUCCCCAGCCGCCUGCCCACCAGCUGCCUCACUGUAGCCCCCAGGUUCUCCAUUGCUCCCAGUGGACUCGAACUGAAUGGGCGGAAGCCACUGACUGCCCUCAACAAAGGACCAGACAGCCCUGCAGUAGAGAAGCUGUCUGAGAAGGAAGAUGCAGCUAGGCUGCAGGAGGUGGGAGAUUCUGUGGACUGUUACUUGGAUGACAUGCUGCAGCAGCUGGCUGCUGUCAACGCAGCCAAGCCCUCCGAGAGAGUGACAGUGAGACAAGAAGAAGCUGAAGACCCAGCCUGCAUCCCCAUCUUCUGGGUUAGCAAAUGGGUGGACUACUCUGAUAAAUAUGGUCUAGGUUACCAGCUGUGUGACAACAGUGUUGGGGUUCUCUUCAAUGACUCCACUCGCCUCAUCAUGUACAACGACGGGGACAGCUUGCAGUACAUCGAGCAGAACAGCACAGAGUCCUACUUCACUGUCAGGUCCUACCCCUCUGCCUUGAACAAGAAGAUAACACUAUUGAAGUAUUUCCGCAACUACAUGAGCGAGCACUUGCUGAAGGCAGGUGCCAACAUCACUCCACGGGAAGGAGAUGAGCUGGCUCGUCUGCCCUACCUCUGCAUGUGGUUCCGGACCCGCAGCGCCAUCAUCCUGCACCUCAGCAAUGGCACCGUGCAGAUCAACUUCUUCCAGGACCACACCAAGAUCAUCCUGUGUCCUCUCAUGGCUGCUGUCACGUACAUCGACGAGAAACGGGACUUCCGCACGUACAAGCUGAGCCUCAUCGAGGAGCACGGCUGCUGCAAGGAGCUGGCCAGCCGGCUCCGCUACGCUCGCACCAUGGUGGAGAAGCUCCUCAGCUCAAAGUCCAGCUCAGCCCGUGCGAAAAACUCUGCUUAG